ACAGCAGCCAAAAGCGGAUGGAUUCACUGUAGGGCUGCAGGACACACUCCUGAACACACACAGGACGUGAAUGCAGCACAAAACAGCCCGAGCAGGAGAGAGAGAAAGAGGCAGCAGUGCCGAUGAGCCCCAGUGAACAGCAGCCGGGUCCUUUUUCAAACACACACACACACACACACACACACGCUGUCACACAUGCACUGCGCUCCAAAACCCACACAAACAAAUGCCAGGACAGUCUUGCACAUGCAAUCCAGUAACGAGAGCACCAUCAGCCCGAGCUAUCUGCCACUGUUGGAGGCAGCUCUCACCGCUUCUCCGAGACACAAAGCUGGGAGCCUGCUGGGGAAAGGAGCUUCUGCUGCUUUUUAUAGCACAAAGGAGAGGAGAGGGGAGAGCCAGGACUUUGUCUGGGGGGCUGUAGAUAAAUUAGAGACAGAGGGGAGGGCAGGUGAGUGAAUGCAGUCCAGUCCAGCUGCUGCCCCUGCUGCUGCUGCUGUUGCUGGAGGAGGAGAAGGAAGAGGAGGUGGAGGAAGCUUAGAGUCUGGAGGAACAACAUUUUCCUGCAGAGACGACCAGCAAUGAUCAAAGCGCCUCCAGGGUUGCAGAUGUGGAAGGAGCACUGUGCAAGUUCUAGUCUUGGGUGUCUGGCCCAGUGAUUCAACCCCAGACAGGAGGAGGAAGAAGCAGAAGAAAGAAGGGCCAUGGGGCCGAGACUGGGCCAGGGUGUAGGCUGCUUCCUGCCUUUCCUGUUCUUGCUACAGAUGAUUAUGGUGUCACUCACCCACAGUCAAGGAUGUCCUCAACGUUGCGAGUGCAUUGCAAAGCUCAAGACUGUGUCCUGUUGUGGUAAACGCUUGUCUGUCCUGCCAGAAGGCAUCCCACUAGACACCAAGAUCCUUGAUCUAAGUGGGAAUAAACUUCGCUGGGUAGAACAUGGUGACCUGCUUCUAUAUUCACAUCUUGAAAAGCUGGACCUGAGUGAGAACAUGAUCAGUGUCCUGGAACCAAAUUCCUUUUCUAGUCUCCAGAACUUGCAGUCGCUUUCACUGAGGGGUAACCAACUGAAACUGGUCCCCAUGGGGGCUUUCUCACAUCUCUCCAACCUAACCUCACUGGACCUCAGUGGGAAUAAGAUUGUAAUUCUUUUGGACUUUACUUUCCAAGACCUUAAAAGUCUACAAAACCUGGAAGUUGGAGACAAUGAUCUGGUUUAUAUCUCCAACAAAGCAUUUCUUGGUUUAGUGGCGCUGAGAGAACUAACUAUUGAGAGAUGCAACCUGACUUCUGUGUCCAGCCAGUCUUUGUCUUACCUGCAUAACCUGGUGACUCUGCGACUUCGCUACCUCAGUAUCUCCACCUUAGAGGACCAGAACUUUCGUAAGCUGGGAAACCUGAGGGGCCUGGAGAUCGAUCACUGGCCCUUUUUGCAGCACAUUUCCCCUCACAGCCUCCAGGGUCUUAAUUUAUCUUGGCUGUCUAUUACACACACCAACAUCACCUCUGUGCCGACCUCUGCCCUGCGCAGUCUGGCUCACCUCACCAGCCUCAAUCUCUCCUACAACCCUAUCUCUGUGCUGGAGUCGUGGGCAUUGCGGGACCUCAUUAAGCUGAAGGAGCUGCAUCUAGUCAACACUAACCUCAUAGUGGUGCAGCCAUAUGCUCUAGGUGGUCUAAGGCAAAUCCACCUUCUUAACUUUUCUACUAACAGCCUGGUGACACUGGAAGAGGGAGCCUUUCAGUCUGUCAACACACUGGAGACACUGCGUUUGGAUGGGAACCCUCUGGCUUGUGACUGCCGCUUGCUCUGGAUCCUUCAGCGCAGGAAGACCCUCAAUUUUGAUGGUGCUUCCCCAGUGUGUAUGACGCCUGUUGAGGUGCAAGGACGGGCUCUUAUUGCUUUCUCUGACUCAGCUCUUUUUGACCACUUUACUUGUCAGAAGCCCAAAAUUCACAACAGGAAACUGCAGCAGGUAUCGGCCCGUGAGGGACAGGUAGUAUCUUUCAUUUGUAGAGCAGAGGGUGAGCCAACACCAGUGAUAUUCUGGAUCUCUCCGCAGCGUCGCCGCAUCACCACAAAGAGCAGUGGCCGGCUAACUGUGUUACCAGAAGGCACAUUGGAGAUACGGUAUGCCCAGGUAACUGAUAGCGGAACUUACAUCUGCAUAGCCAGCAACGCUGGUGGAAAUGACACGUACUUUGCCACACUUACUGUUAGUGGUCUACCGCUAGAUGCAGCCCUCACGGGCAACCGUACCUACUACGCUGGAGACCUUAAUGACACAAAUCUGAAUGAUACGAGAGUCUUCUUGAAGUUUACUCUGGACCUGAAGACCAUCCUCAUAUCCACGGCUAUGGGCUGCAUCAUGUUCCUGGGUGUGGUCCUGUUCUGUUUCAUUCUGCUUUUUGUGUGGAGUCGAGGGAGAGGGCAGCACAAGAAUAACUUUUCGGUAGAAUAUUCCUUCAGAAAAGUGGAUGGACCUGCUGCCAGUAGCAGACAGGGUGGGACGCGCAAGUUCAACAUGAAAAUGAUUUGAUUAUAUGGGUCUUGUUUUCCCUGUCUUAAAAAAGCUAGGACAGAGAGAGACAUAAAAACACUGGAUUGGACAUCUAGGCUCGCAAAACAUCAGAAGGAAUUAUUUAUAGGACAUUUUAGAUAAGGUUUUGUUAUUUAAAAACUACUGUAAGUAUGGUAAAGGUCAAUCUGUACUGAUUUACUAGCCUCUAUUUCUACCGCUCUUUGUUGUGUGUCCACAUUAUUGUGCAGAGGAAAUCUGCUUUAUACAUAAAAUGUCUCAAAAUAUUUUUAAGACUGUUAAAAGACCAAGUAACAGAAGCACUUAGUGUCCCCCCCAGUCUUUAACCUCUGCAAAGCUCUUGCCAACUCCAUCCCUACAAGGAGUGCUGUCAUCUUCAUCUUUAAAGGACUUCACCUCUCUGCUCCAUCUGAGGUGAUUCAAACACUCUAUCUCCAAACUCAUGAAUACAUAAUAACAGGGUGGCGAAGAAUGCCAAGGCCUUGCCAGUAUGUAUUUGAAUAGGUCCAGCUAUAUGGUACGCUGUGUAUUUAGACUCAUUUACAGUCAGGUCUUUAGAGCACAAUUAUGAUAUAAAUAUAGAGGUUGUUUUGCCGAUGGUGUGUUUGAACAUACAUUACAUUAGACACCAAGAGACUACACUCUGCAUCACUGCCAAUUUGACUGUAAAGCACCAUGUAAUAUCACUGUCAGUGGAAAGCUUUGGUAGAAGGAAGUUACUUCUCUUUAUGUUGGUCGAAGCUGUUUAAAACAAAACAGGGAGUCUGCAGGUUAAGCUACAAUUAAAGGAGCCAUGCACAUUUAUCUGGUGACAAAUCAAUAUAUGCAGACACACACUUAUUAGAUAGGUUUUCUAUUGUUGUCUAUCCACUACAUACUGUACAAGACUUUUUGAUCUGCAAAUACUCUAUAAAGGUUAACGUAUGUAUAGAGUUGGCUUAUUUUGAAAGUGGUUUGUUUAUUUGUAAAUUAAACAUUUGGUGGGGUACAUUCAUCUGAAAGUUAAAUAGAUCAUAAUGUAUUGGUAGGAAAUAUACUGUACAAGAUGUAUUAUAUAUUUUGAAAUUCUUGUUUGUUUACAGUACUGUGAUCAAUCAAGUUGUACUGUUCUACUGUAAUUCUACUGUUAAAGCCUUCAUUUCAAGUCAGCGAUAUCCAGUCCAGUUAUAUACAGAGGUUUUACAGUCACACUAUAUCAUGUCAUCAGAUACCGUAAAGACACACUCCCUGAGCUUGCACAAAAACUCACAAAGGUGUCAGGUCACUUACCUA